CUUGAUUUGAGCCGUUAUUUUUCUAAUUUGAGCUCAAUGCUCAUGCCUCUGCUCCUCCUCAUUCUACUUCAUCAAUGUCAACAACUUCAAUUUCAAAACGAAUCCUCCCCUUCCCUCCAAAACCCUUAGCCCCCCACACUCUCUCCACCUUCUCCACCGCCGCACCACCACCGUCCGAUCACCACUGCUCCCCCAUAGUCUCCGACAUCACCUCCCUCUUAACCCACCACCGCUCCAAGUCCAGAUGGACCUAUCUCCGCUCCCUCAUCCUCUCAUCACCCACCAAAACCCUAACCCCCACUCACUUUUCCCAAAUCACCCUCCAAUUAAAAUCAAAUCCCCAUCUUGCCCUCAAUUUCUUCCACUUCACCCUCCAUUCCAACCCAUCUCUCUGCUCUCACGACCUCCAUUCUCUAUCAACCAUCACCCAUGUCCUCUCCCGCGCCCGGAUGAAAACCCGGGCCGAGUCAGUCAUCAGCUACGCUUUAAAGUCGAAUGACCCAGUUAAGUUCUUUAAAAUCUUGGCUGAGAGUUACAGAGAGUGUGAUUCUGCACCUUUUGUAUUUGAUUUGUUGGUGAAAUGUUGUCUUGAAUUGAGAAAAAUUGAUGAUGGGUUGAGAAUUGUGAGGAAGUUGAGGACUUUUGGGAUUAGUCCUUUGCUUGGUACUUGUAAUUUGUUGGUUUUUAGUGUUUGUAAAGUUAAAGGGUGUUUUGUUGGUUAUGGUGUUUUUAGAGAGGUUUUUGAGGAGAAUGAGGAGGGGAAGGGUUUUGUGGUUAGGCCUAAUGUGCAUAGUUUUAAUGAUUUGAUGAUGGGGUUUUUUAAAGAUUGCGAAACGGAGAUGGUUGAGGAGAUUUGGAGUGAAAUGGAGAGGUUUGGAUGUGUUCCAAAUGGGUUUAGUUAUUGUGUUUUGAUGGCCGGUUUUGUUGAGGAUGGGAAGAUGGAUAAAGCGGAGAACUUGUGGGAGGAAAUGAGAUUAAAGGGUGUGAAAGGCGAUGUUAUUGCUUAUAAUACUAUGAUCGGCGGGUUUUGUAAGAUAGGUGAGAUUGAGAAAGCUGAGCGGUUCUUUAGAGAAAUGGAAUCGAGCGGAGUGGAAAGUAGUUGUGUUACUCUUGAGCAUUUGAUUAAUGGGUAUUGUAGAGUAGGGGAUGUAGAUUCGGCAAUGUUUGUGUUUAAAGAUAUGAUCUUGAGAGAUUUUAGAGCUGAAGGUGGUGUAAUUGAUGUAUUGGUUAGAGGGCUUUGUGAGAAGAGAAGGGUUUCCGAAGCUUUGGAGAUUAUGAUGAGCAAUGCUUGUGUUGGUCCGAGUUGCACGAGUUAUGAGUUGUUGAUUAAGGGGUUGUGUGAUGAUGGAAUGAUGAAUGAAGCAUUGAAACUUCAGGCUAAGAUGGUAGGGAAAGGUUUUGAACUAAACUCGGAGAUUUAUGAUUCUUUUAUUGAUGGGUAUUUGAAGCUAGGGAAUGAGGAAAUGGCAGCAAAAUUGAGGAAGGAAUUGUCUCAAAUUCAAAAGCCGCCGGAAGAGUCCGCAUAGCAUAGUCUAGUGAACCAAAAUAUCACAAGGAGGGCAGUAACCAGAGAUUGAAGAGAGAAGAAGCCAUAGACAGAAACCAAGACAAGAAAGCCAUAGCAGCAGAUAUUUGAAAUCUACCGCAAACUUUCCGAGGGCA